UUUGUAGGGGCAUCGACCUGAAGCAAGCGGCCGCCAAGAAACGCCGGGAUCAAGGCGUUAGCGUACAACGUCGUCGAGUUGCAGCGCGUCGCCCGCGCUAGACCACAAGCUUGUAUGUUUGACACAUACAGCGCUGAGCAAUCCGAAAUUGUCACCACAAAUAGAUCAGCUGAUGCCACUAUCGAUACUUGCAGGGACGCCAUGAAGAUGAGUUAUGAUGAUAAGUUUGCUGUUCUGAGGGGCAUGGCUGAGGAAUGCAUCUAUGAGGAUGAGCUCCGCCUCCUGCUGAAAAAGAAGGCUGCUCCUGUUUGCUACAUUUGGUUUGAGCCAUCCCCCAUGAUGGACAUAGAGCAGGGGAUUAUGAAGACAGUUUAUGUAAACAAGAUGCUCAAAGCUGGCUGCACAGUUAAAAUAUUGAUGGCAGAUUGGUUUCUGCAAAGACACCAUAUGAUUGGCACCGACCUAAAGAAAAUACGGACCAUUGGUUGCUACAAUAUUGAGAUGUGGAAAGCAGCUGGUAUGGACCUUGACAGAGUAGAACUUGUAUGGUUGUCAGACGAGUUGAAUCAUCAUGCUGUUGAUUACUGGCCACUUGCGGUGGAAAUUUCCAGAAAAUACACCAUGAAAAGUAUGGCAAGGUUUUGUUGGAACAAGGCACCAUAUGGGCCACAAAGACUGCCUGCUGCCGAGAUAUUUUAUCCUUGCAUGCAGGUUGCUGCUAUAUUAUGCCAGAAGGCGGACAUGUGGCUCUUCAGCAUGGAUCAUCGUGACAUUACCAUGCUAGCUAGAGAUUACUGUGAAGAUAUAAAUAGGGAAACCAAACCAGCAAUUAUGCUGCACAAUAUGCUACCUAUUUUACUAGAAGACCCUGAAUUCCAGGACUUGAGAGAUCCAGAUCGGACUAUCUUCAUGCACGAUAACGAGGAGGAUUUAAAUAGGAAAAUACUUUGGUCUUUCUGCCCUCCAAAAAUAGCAACAUGUAACCCUUGUUUGGAGUACAUCAAAUAUGUUAUAUUCCCUUGGUUUGGAAAGUUGGCGAUAGUUCAUAAGGAAGGGAAUGGUUAUAACAGGACAUAUACAAACAUGGAACAACUUCUCCUUGAUUAUGAAAGUGGUGAUAUUGAUUCAACUGAUGUUAAACUGGCUUUUGAAAAGGCAAUGAAUAAAAUAUUAGAGCCUGUUCGCAGCCACUUCCGUGGCAACACCGAAGCCCAAGAUCUAUUUAUUGGCCGGAGUUGCAGAAGCAAAUCACUGCAGAUACCUGGAAGAUUAUAUUGCAGAACGAAGAGGUUACAGCUCCUUGGUGAAGUCCCGGACGCAUGAAGAGGAAAUGCUGGAUCAUCGAAGGAGUCGGAGAUAUAGUUUUUGUUGUUUAGAGAAUUUCUUGAACUCCUUAACUUAAGGACCUUACGAAGUAUGCAUUUGUCUGUGUUGGGAGUUUAACUUGCUUAUUUCUCGGCUGGAUACAUAGUU